ACAUGGCGCCAGGAGCUCUCGAAACACACCACAGUAGCGUGACAAGUCAUGUCAUAUUUGCCUGUGAUUUAUGAAGAAAUCCAAUGGCCGAUUCUUUCUUUGGGUUCGAUACUUCGUUAUCGAACUUAAAUGAUGACGAGGGAGGAGGUGAACCAUCAGAGGACGAAUAUGAUGCACUCAACGAUGAGACAUUCGGACAAGAUGGCGAGGGGUUUGACUGGGAGGUGGAACAUGAGCACUUGGCGGAGCAGCUCGAGAGCAGCCGCAGAACUGCUGCCAUGGACGAAGCGGACUCUCGACUUGAGGCCUCUCUGUCACAAUUGGUGCUUGAUGACCUGGAACCACCCCAGUCCAGAGCCCUGGGUUCCAAUGUGUGGAGGCAUGAUCCCGUGUCAAGCGCACCCACGCCGUUACCACCACUUAAGAAUGUGUGCACUGUAGAGGAGUUGGAGCGGCAACUCAGACAAAACCAGAUGCCACAAAACUUGACACAGAACUAUUUUCAACCAAGGUUUCCUGUUAUCCUACAAAGACCACCGGGGCUCCAAGCUCCGGUGCCACUGCCAUUUGCUCCUCAACAAUCAAUGGCAAUGAAUCACCAGAACAUGAACCACAUGAACCAACCCAUGAACACCAUGAUGAACCAAAACUCCCAAAUGAACCAGAUGGGCCAGCACAACCAGAUGAUGCCAAACCAAAUGGGACAGAAUCAGAUGGGACAAAACAUGAACCAUUUGGGCCAAAACCAAAUGGGUCAAAAUAUUAACCAGUUCAUGCAAAAAUCGAACCAAAUGCCCUUUCACAACAACCAAAUGGGACAGUCAAUGAAUCAAAUGCCACCCAAUAUGAAUCAAGUGGGUCAGAACCAGUUUCUUCAAAAUCAAAUGGGCCAAAACAUAUCACAAUCGGGUCAAAAUCAAAACAUGAACCAGAUGGGACAGAACUUUAACCAAAUGAAUCAAAAUCAAAUGGGGCAAAACAUGAACCAGAUGGGUCAAAAUGUUAAUCAAAUGGGUCAGAACAUCAACCAAAUGAACCAAAACCAAAUGGGCCAAAAUAUGAACCAUAUGGGUCAGAAUAUUAAUCAAAUGGGCCAAAAUCAAAUGGUUCCUAAUGGGUCUCAAUUCGGGCCAGGCAUGAACCAAUUCCAGCAGAUGAUGGGUCAGCCUAGAAUGUUAGCGCCGCCGCCCGGCCUCGGCGGACCACCGAGACAAAAUUUUAACCCAAACAUGAAUCAAUUUAAUCCAAACUUUCGUGCGCCAUCAAAAAACGACGUUAACCCGAAGUCUAUGAACCAAGUCAUGAAGAACCCGCAGCAAGUCAACCAGGGUCUCAUGAAGACGCAGCCAUUGCUGUCACCGCAGAACAAAAACCAGAAACCAGCGAACAGACCGGAUCCCAAACUUCAGAAGAGUCGGGUUUAUAACAAUUCGAAGAAUCUAACAUCACAGAAUUUGGUUCAAAUGAUACAGAACACUCAUCCCAUGUUGCACCAAUACAACAAUAGCUACCACAAUGCGAGCCACCAUCCCAUGUUGAACAACAGAAAUAAUAUGUUCAACAAUCAAUUCAACAACUUCCAAAUGUUCAACAAUCAGAGACAACAGAAUGGACAAUUCAGCAAUACUAAUCAGCACUCCGCGAGCGAUGACAGCAGUGUGAGCAGCGACACGGACGAGUACGCGGGGCUUAUGACUCAGCGCGAGAAGCAGUGGCUCAUCAACAUACAGAUGUUGCAGCUCAACACCGGCACUCCAUACAUACACGACUUCUAUUACACGGUAUUCUUAGAGAGACAAGCAAACAAGGCAAAAGAAGGAGUGAAAGAAGCACACAAAGCCAACCAACAGAACCAUCCAUUCUAUAGCGGCGGGCGGGGCGAGGGCGAGCGGCAGCCUCGCGAGAGACACAGCUCCCUGCGGCACAGCACGAGUGAUGAGGCACCGCGCGCGUACGUGCCACUGCAGUUCGAAAACUCGCUAGGGAAACUGCAGUGCGGCAGCGUGACAGCGCCGCGUAAGAUAAUCGACGUGGACGUGGUGUCGACGGAGCCGACGUCGGCGCGCGGCUCGCGGGCGCCCAGUGUUGCCAGCACGACCAACCCUGCUGAGGUACCGAGAGAAAUGAGAAGAACCAAACAACUGUUGCUGGAUAUUGAAGCGUUGUAUUUAAUACUACUAAGACUGGAGGAGCUUAACGACCCCUUGGCGAUUUCUAAUGCUCUCAUCCUUAAAGAAAGAGAAGAAAAACAGAAACUGAUGGAAGCCAUGCAGAAGGAAGCGGAAAAUGAAACUGAGGAGGUUUCUAACUUGUUCCUCAAGAACAUUGAGUCCGUACAGAGGAGGCCUAAACAGGACAGCCCUAAGAUGGAGUGCAUUGAUAAAAGACAGGUCGUGAAUUUGGCGGUGAGUCAAAAGCCGCCCGUAAAGAACCUUCUGGACGAAGACAAAGAAGACCUGCUGAACAAGAUGUUCAGUGGGUUGAUGCACGGGGACCGCCUACCUCAGAUGCUCACUGUUAGAAAAGGACGGGCGCUUGUGUGUCGUUUUCUAACGCGCGCGCCGGCGACGCACCGGUGGGCGGGUGCGCUGUGGGCCCGCAUGCUGCGUGCGCUGCCCGCCGCCGCGCGCCGCGACGACGCCGCGCCGCUGCUGCCCGCGCUCGCCGCACCCUACCGCAACUUCAUCCUAAACUCGACGGCGUGGACGGCCGUGUUGAUGUGCUGCGGCAUCUUCACGGAGGCAUUGGAUCCGGCCAGGACACCGUACAUUUUACUAUCGCCGCUCACCCUCAGCUGCGUGUGUGCACUGAUAGAGAAGGCCAUCCUGCUCGUGAACACACCGGAGGCCACCUCCAGCGAGAGACAGUGGUACAGAUUCCUCAAAACGCUCGCGAGAGCACUGAAGAACACGACACUGAGCGUGGGCAGACCGACCAAGCCCCUCCCGGAGUCCAAGGUGUUACACCACCUGAAACAGCUCGAGUCGCGGACUACCAUAGAAAUCCUGCAGCGAGGCAAGACAGCCGAGUUCGGAGACCUCACGAAAACGGACGUCUCCGAGCAGCUGAUCAAACAUUUGUGUUGAUAUUGGCACCGUUCGACCCGCCCGCUGUCGGUCAAAUCGACCCCGGCCAAAGUGACAAUUUUAUUUAGGAUUGUUCAAUUGACGUUGCAGUUUCGUUGAGCCGGAUUGACGAAUUUUUCCUUUUGAUGGGCUGUAAAUAUAAAUUUCAUAUGAAUCGCUUAUACAUAUUAGUGUAAAUAAUUGUUCGUUUAAAGUGUUCUUGCAGCGGUUUGUAACAUAGUGUAGAUAGUAUCUGACCUCGGGUUCUCGCACUUCACAUCACUAAACAUACUAGAGAAUUAUGUUUCAUAAUAGGAAUUUUGUAAAAUUAAAAAAUAUCUCAUUAAUUAUUAUUAUCAGAUCUUAUCGUUAGGAUAAUAAGGUUUUUGUGGUCUAAAUUACACUUAGUGCAAUGACUUACAAUAAAAUUGUCAUAUUUGUUUCAACACUGCAAUUUUAAAUUUGUAUUUAUAGUAUAGAUAUAAAGUGAUUGAGCAAAUUCCUUACUUUUUAAUGUAAUCGUUUUAAAAGUUGUAAAUGAUAAUGGCAUAGUACAAAAUGUUUAUAAGACUGCUGUUCUUUUAGUUAGUAAAAUUGUAUGUACUGAUUUGGCAACUAGUAUUUAUUCAAGUUAGGAACUUUAAGAAUUGAGAUUUAAUUUAUUUUAAUUAUUUUAAUUUGCCAGCGCGCAUUUCAAAUUUACAUUCGAAUUUUGAUGAUAAAUAUUGGCAUAUAAAGUGUCAUAAAGUAUUGCUAGUAAUGGAUUUAAUGCCAUACCGUUUUGUACACGAAUGUAAAAGUUUUAUCAGCUUUAUUUCUGGAAGCGGGCUAGUCUAAGACAUAUCUUUAUAAAGAAAAAUAUGCCAUUAAAUAAUAUUAUUUAGUAAAGUUAUUGUAAAGUAUUUGUGCAAUUAUAUCACGUAAGGAAUUUGCUCACAAAGUCUAACGUCAUUCUGAUAUAAGUUUUUAGGGAAUGACAUUGGAAUCUUAAUAAAUAAAUAAAAUAUAACACAAUGACGGUGUUGAUAGAUUCCAAAAUCUGGUUAAAAUUUUAUAAUGUUUACUUUAGAUAGAACUCCUUUUUACAAAUU